GUCUCCGACCAUGCGCAUGCCUUCGAGAACGGCUGCAAAUGCUAAUAGUAGGUCACGAUGGAGUUGUUGCGUUCGUACAGAAAGGGCCUAUACACCUCUCGUAAUGCCGGCACGGAGGGCCGCGGAUAAUCGUGGUAAUGGUCCCCAAGCCCAUUUACGUUUUCUGUGGUGAGUUCCCUAGCAGCGCCACAUAGAACCAUCUUUCUACACUUACCCGAGAUGCUCUCGAAUCUAAACCUUCUGUUGGAUCUGAGGUUCUAGGGCCCAUGGACACCCUCUCGAUCCGGAGGUUUCAGCUGGUCUCCCAACCGCACUCAUAUACUGAAAUUCACUUCCAUUCAUAACUCUCCUUCUCUGUGACCCUCAACUUCUGCCCCGUUCUAGGACACGGUCUGAAUAAACUCUGUAAUAUGGCCAAACAAUACGCGCCGCAGCUGGAGGUGCCACGCACGUCCACGACAAGUCGACAUCGCACUUACCCACCACUUCGUAUGAAGGCUCCUCGCCUUGAAAUACCGAAGGCUUCGUCGUAUGAAUCCACUAGGGACCCGCUCCCUCGAAGGGUGGCUUCUCGCUCGCCUCUACUCGGGGAAUCUGAGACGAGGCCUGGGUCAACAUUGCCUAAGUCGGCUUCCAGUGAUUGUGACCUAGCGUCGAGCGGAAUGUGGCAGCUCGUUCCGUACGACAUUCCUUGGGGACACGACUAUUACCGGUACAAGGUUGGCUGCUUGCCAGGACCUGGUGGCGCCUGCAUCUUUUUGCGAACACCUACGCCGGUCGAAAAGCGAAGAACUACACAGGCGUGUGUCACCUGUCGUGAACGAAAGGCAAAGUGUAGUGGCUCUCGUCCAGCGUGCGCGCGGUGUCUCUCUCGUGGUGUAUCCUGCGAAUACGGCCCAGACCCCAAACGCAAUCGAGUCGAGUCGAAACAAACUCAACGUUACCAUCAUUCCUUUCCUCACCCCUAUUCUCCCCGCGAUAGCUGUUCAUCAAGCGUGUCGUCUACGUCCGACCGUUUCGAUGAUAGCCCCCUCCCGUAUGCAUCCAGCGAAUUUUCUCCUAAGUUCGAAGACGAGAGUCUUGCUGUGUUGUCUCCUUCACCAGCUUGGACUUCGUAUACCACCUCCAGUGAUACUCAGCAGACGUCUUCACGUACUAAUGUGGGAAAUUUCGGAGGAGAUGAAAGGACUUCAUUCUUGGACCAGAAGCACGAUCUUUUACGCAGGCCUUCUAACAUACCAUCAUUCGGUCCCAUAGAACCGGCUCCUUCGAUGGUUUCCCCCAACACUGUUUCACUCGUUGCGCCCCAGCCACGUCGUUUGUCGCCAAUCUCGACGCUGGAGCAACGCGUGCGUAGCUCCGAAGAGACUGCAUUCGCGCUUCAGCAUACGACAGCCACCCCGUUGUCACCUACAACAGUGGAUCCUAGAAUGCUGGAUCAUCAAAUCUUGAACAUCCACUGCCCCGACUCCUACGUCGAUCCGUCCGCUGUAUCCUAUUACACAGAAAAUUAUUGUAUUUCGUAUGAGCCCGGCUCCCAAGGCGAUUAUAUUUCCCAAACCGGUUUUGUCGAGGUCGCGCAGCGCUACUAUGGUGUUUCCACCUACAUCCCAGAGCCUGUGUACGAAAAUCCUGCUCCCGCCCAGUUCACAGCUGUUGCCGUCCCACAUCACCUCCAAACGCCAGACGUCCCGCCAUAUGCUCGUCCCUCAUUUGUGCCGGCGUAUUCGGUAUACGCCUAAUCACCCUGCAAAUUCCGAAUUUGCUAAAGCCUUCAAGGCUUCGUCGAACUCUUUCUAUCUGGACUAUCGGUUGUUCCAUAGACACUUCUUAUAUCAUCUCCGUCGGACUUCGAUUGUAACAAUCUUCAUGGACUUUCGUUCUUGUCGUCACUGCCCCUAGUAUACUUCUCAUGUGUAUAUUUAUCGUCCGUUUGCUUUCCUUGUUCUCGUAGUCAAAAUAUCGAUUCACAGCCUUCUCGUAGAUUCUACAUUAUAUCCACUCCUGUAUACCUUCGUAUAGUAAUGAAUGGGUCGGCCAAGGGCUGACGCUGCCGAGACUGUU